CAUUCGUGUGGACUGCCCAGAGUCCACGAAUACUGCCCUGCAUCUUCCACCACCGCUACCAGUUUGACCUGACCACACACACACAGAAAGCACAUCUGCAGACCAGCUGCGACAGCAGCCACAUUCCAGCAGCCUCUCCUGCCUCUGUUCAGACAUGUCAUUCUACAGUUUUGGCCUGGAGCCGCUCUCCUGCCACGCCUGGAACAAAGACAGAACACAGAUUGCAGUGAGCCCUAACAACAAUGUAGUGAAUAUCUAUGAGAAGAAAGGCAAAAACUGGGUAAAGAUCCACGAACUGACUGAGCACAGUGGACGAAUCACAGGCAUUGACUGGGCUCCAGAGUCCAACCGCAUUGUGACAUGUGCUUCUGACCGCAACGCCUAUGUGUGGAGUCUGAAGGAUGGGGUGUGGAAACCCACCCUGGUCCUUGUGCGCAUCAACCGUGCAGCCACAUGUGUGAAGUGGUCACCUCUGGAAAACAAAUUUGCCCUAGGCAGUGGUGCUCGUCUCAUCUCUGUCUGCUAUUUUGAGAAGGAGAAUGACUGGUGGCUGAGUAAGCACAUCAAGAAGCCCAUUCGUUCCACAGUCCUGUGUCUGGACUGGCAUCCCAACAACAUCCUACUGGCAGCUGGGUCUGCAGAUCUUCACUGCAGGGUUUUCUCAGCCUACAUCAAGGAUAUCGAAGACAAGCCUGGACCCACUGCUUGGGGGGCCAAGAUGCCUUUUGGGGAGGUGUUGCUGGAGCAUAAGGACUGUGGAGGCUGGGUGCACAGUGUCUCCUUCUCCACCAGUGGAGACAAUCUGGCGUGGGUGGCCCACAACAGCAGCAUCACUGUGGCUGAUGCUGCCCAGAAGAAGGAAGUCACCCAGCUGACCACUGAGCAUCUGCCACUGUUGAGCGUCCUCUACGUCAGCCCCACUGAGAUUGUUGCUGCAGGUCAUGACUGUUGCCCAUACCAGUUCACCUAUAAGGGUCCUGGUGCCCUGGAGUUUGUGAAGAAGCUGGACAUCCCCAAGCAGACCUCUAAAGGCAGCAUGUCAGCCAUGCAACACUUCCGCAACCUGGACAAGAGGGCCACUGAGGAGGACAGCAACGAGCUGGGCACCCUUCACCAGAACAGCAUCACGCAGAUGUGUGUUGUAUCAGGGGAAAAAGCCAAAGUGGAGAAGUACAGUAGUGUGGGUCUGGAUGGAGCCAUGGUGAUCUGGGAUUUUAAGCAUUGAACUGAAAAGGAUAUAAAGAUGGAAGAUAUCCCAAAUAAUGUAUCUGCUAUAAAACCAUGUGCAUGAAUAUGGAACUACUGAUAUGUUUUUAUCUAACUCGAAAACACUGUCAGCACAUGUGCUCUGUGAUAUUUGUGUAUAAAGCAUCUUUUGAAUAAAUAAAAAGGAUAUCUACAG